AUGACUGCAGCAGUAACGAGAAUUCUUCGGGUUCAACCCGCAGCACGCUUGGUACGACCAUGCUGUCGCUCAACCAGAUUCAAUCGAGUUCCUCCCUUCGCUCGAUCUCUUACCACCACUACCAAGGGCGACACCCAGAAUGCAACCAACAUUGCCAAAGACAAUCCUCAGUCCGGCUCCGCACAAGAACAGGGAGUUAAAUCUUCUCGAGCGACAGAGGGUGGUAUCCAAGACUCAGCGAGCGUAGCAAAGCCCACGAGCCAAGUCGGUACUGGAGGUGGCCAGGAUGAAGAAGGAUCAGCCCCUGGAACGAAAGACCCAAACAAGCCUGCUGGUCAGAAGAGGGCCGAAGUGCAAAAGGAAGGCAUGAAGCCUUUGGAUGCUGCUGAUAAAUAG